AAUCACCCGAGUUACUUAAAAGGACUCGUCUCCGCCGAGUGCCACGCACAUAACCGGAAUCAUAUGAUUCGACAUUGCUUGUAUCCGUCAUGUCCCAGUCGAAACUGCAGCAGUCGAUCCCGUUGGAACAGACAAAAGACGGUGUCUGCUCCCAGGUGAACGCGUACCGCAAUGUGUUGACUUUCCAAGAGAUUCAGCGUCUACUGAAGGAUUCAUUGAACUGCGAUGGGGAGGUACAGAAGUACUUUCUGCGACCUUAUUCCGAGAAGCUCGGCUUCCUUGGUUCCCAUCAGCAGCUUUCUAUCGAGGUCAAAUCCAAGAGCGGUAGAGUGAAGACGCUAUUCUUCUUUGUGAAAAUUGUACCCUUUCAUGUGCCAUCGCAAGCCGAGUAUGUGAUUAACAAGAAAGUAUUUUUAAAGGAGAAGAUAUUCUAUUACAACAUAUUCCCUCUAUUGAAAAAAGUGUAUCACGGUGAACCAUGGUCGCCAAACUGCUACCUGGCCAAAGAGCAUUUGUUGGUUUUCGACGACCUGAUUGUCAACGGUUAUUCCAUAAAGAAUAAAUUAUUCACCAAGGAGCGGGUCGUCUCUGGUCUGACAGCUAUCGCGCGGCUCCACGCAGCAUCUCUGAUGGCAGAGGCUCAUCUGGGUGUGUCCUUCAAGGAGCUGUAUCCCGACGCUUUCGUGGAGACCUCGUUCGACCUAACUGGCCAGACCGGACAGUGGUGCAAUGUGACUACCAACGCUAUCGUCGCUAUCGCCAAACAUCUCGGCUUCGACACGAGUUCGCUGGCUGACAUCUGCCGAGAAGUGACCGCGGCCCUGCAGACGUCGGUUACGAAGAGGAACGUCAUCAGUCAUGGAGACUUAUGGGGAAAUAAUUUGAUGUUCAGCAACGACGCCCCGCCGAAGUGUUUGCUGGUGGACUAUCAGAUGAUGAGAUAUUCACCUUUGGCGCACGAUGUGGCACAGUUUCUGUACCUAUGCACUGAUCGUGAUUUCAGGGCAGCUUCAGAGGAAGCUAUGUUGAAGCAUUAUUACAGUGUGCUGUGCGAGACCUUAAAAUCGUCCGAGAUUUCCGUAGAAAUUCCAGCAUGGUCCGAGAUCGUCGAAGGAAUGGAAGAACAACGUUUGGGCGGCGCGAUCACCGCAGCCUCGUUCUUCCAGACCGUGAUGAUGAACGACACCAUGGCCCUAGAAAUUACGAGUAAUUCCGACACCUUUCACAAAUAUUCGUUUGAGGGUAGAAACGAAAUUGUACUCAACAUGAUGAAAAACGAUCCAAAUUAUGGUAAGAGACUAACAGAAGCAGUUACCGAACUGGUUGAGCUGAGUGCCCGCUUUGAAGAGCUCCCGAAACCGACGUAGCACUCAAGGAUAUUUUGCAUCAUUUAACUUUUACACUUUUCUUUGAAUUGAAACAAAAUGAAGUGACACAAUGCACCCUUAUGCGAUUAAAAAAUACUAGUACUCUCCAAAAGUAAUACUGAGCAAUGGUUUCAUUUGAUUACCGGGUUUUAUGUACACAUGUUAACACAAUAUUUGUAAGGUAACACGUAAUAAAUAAUCUACAUGAA